UGCUGCUCCCGCUGCCUCCUUGGCUUUGUGUUUUUUUCUCUUCUCUAUUCAGCUUCUCUACGUUUCUCAUUGGGAUCUUCAUUUUUCUCUUGUUUUUCCUCACUUUCACUUCAUACCAUAAUCUUCGUCAGGCUAGUCCUACACAGCGCGAGUCGCUUAUUGAAUAUUCGCUCUCUUCGAACGACUUUCUUUUAUUAGAUAAAGUUAGGAAAACUCAUCAAAACCGCCAGAAUGCAGUUCACUACCGCUACUCUCCUCGCCCUCUUGGGUGCUGCUUCCGCUCAGAAGGUCCAUGUCGUUUCGGUCGGUUCCCCGAACGGUACUCUCGCUUUCAGCCCCGACAACGUGAAGGCGGAUGUGGGUGAUAUGAUCCAGUUCCAAUUCCGAGGUGGCAACCACAGUGUAGCUCAGUCCAACUUCGACAACCCGUGCACACCCAUCGCCCAGACAACCAACAUGACUGGUGUUUUCUCCGGCUACCAACCCGUAGCCGCCAGCGCCGCUAUGGGCAUGAUCCCUACCUACACUAUGAUGGUCGCCGCCAAGACGCCUCAGUGGUUCUACUGUUCUCAGGCCAAGCACUGCCAAAACGGUAUGGUUAUGGUCGUUAACGAGAACACUGCUGCCAACGCUUCCCGAAGCUUGACUGCUUUCAAGGACCUUGCUAAGGCCGCUACCGCCAACAUUGCUCCCUCCACUGCCACCAGCGGUUCUGGCAACAGCACAUCCGGUGGUUCUACUGGCUCCACUGGUGGCUCUACCUCUGGCUCUGGUUCCUCAUCCGGUAGCGGCAGUGGCAGCGCCGAUGCCUCCCAGAGCAGCUCUACACCGGGCGCCUCUUCCGACGUCCCGACAGCCGGUGCCAGCGUCGCCGGUGUCUCCGCCUCUAUGGGUCUCGUCGGUAUUGUUGCUGCUCUUUUCAUGCUAUGAUAGGACUGUACUAGGGUUGAAGUAGGCAGUAAAUGAGGCUCAUGUCAUAGAGCUAUGACUUAAUGACUGGAAGCAGUGGGCCAUAC